AUGAGCACAGCCAAGAUCAAACCCUACGACAUAGAGGGUCUCAAUACCGUGGGCCGUGUUACUGGCACCAAAGAAGACCUGAAAGAUCGAGAAUUCAUGACCGCGUGUCCCCCCGAUGUACCGCCAAGGAGUCGCAUUGUCGCGGUAUGCGGUAUUACGGAUUACAAGAAUCGGGCUUCACCGGCUAAGGAUGGUUUCUUCUUUUCCGAUUUUUAUCUAUUCCACCAUCUCCUUUCUCCAGGUGUGGGUGUAACGCCCCAACAAAUCUGGAUUACUUCGGAAGAGCCACGCGACCUCAUCGGCAAAUACAGGGAAUAUGUGUAUGGGGAUCCCAAAGGAGGUCGCAGAGUAGUUUUGAAUGAGGAUAUGCUGCAACAAAUACAAGUGUCUGGGACUAUCCGGGUAGUGCAAAGAGAUCAGCUACUCGAGCGCUUUGUCAGCACAGUCAGAGAGCAAGCAUGCCUCGCGGCAGAUGCCGAUGAGCAUCUAGUCAUUCUGAUUUUUGGACAUGGCCAAUGGGGAACAUACGGAGUUCACAUCGGGCAUAAUGGCCGCCGUGAGAUACCGGUCCUUCACAUCGAAGACAUAAACCGUGCUCUGAAACCGAAUAACAAGGUCACUUUGUUUUCUACUGCUUGUUACUCUGGCGGUUGGCUGGUGCAACCUGACGUUAACCGCUAUCGGCAUAUCAAUACAACUGGUAUUGCUGCGGCCGCUCCAACAAGGGAGUCUAUUUCCUGGCCUGUGAGCGCGAGUGUUGGCCGAGCAGGUGGAAGCGUAUUCGCAGGUUCCAUCCUGCAAUCCUUAAUUGAUCUUAGCGAAUCACCCGAUCGUCAUCAAAUUCUUGAGGACCCAACGUACAUCGAACUAGCGAAUUCAGUAUAUGUGGCAUACAACAAGCUAAACCCGUAUCCGGAGGACCAAGGCAUACAUUUCUCCGCGCAAGAUGAUACAUGGGAGAAGCAGUAUGAGCAGCGUGUUGGAAUACCCCUGUCUCGUUUCAGAGAACGCUUCGAGUCUCUCCCGUCAAUUCCCGACGGUGAAUAUCAGAGUCGAUUCGAUCUUGAUGCCCCUGAAGGUCCUGUCGGUCGUUUGGGUACACUCAGGAAGAGAAGCAAAGUAAAAUUCUGGGCCUACACCUACAUGAAAUCCAAUCCCGGUAUUACUGAGGCGGCACCCAAUAUGUCGGUGCACGGUCCCAUUCUGCAAUUAUUGCAUUUUAAAAAGAAGUUGUCUGACGAACAAAUCGACUGCAUGUACCGGAGCUUGGAGUACAGACUCAACGUGAUGGACCAAGCCAACUAUUUUGCUGCUAUAAUGGGAGUGAAGAAGACUAAUAUAUGUGACUUCAUCCUUGAGGGUUACAAAUUGACUCCAGAAAAGCAGAAACUACGUUCUUUUGCCACAGACUUGAUAUAUGAAAAGCAACUGUUAAACAAACCUCGUUACGAUGCCGGUUUGGAGUAUCUCAAACCUAUGCACUAUCUCGCCAUAUUGUUGGCAGAAUCCGGAAUGGAUACCGAUGAGAUUAAAGAAAAAAUCGACUACGCGGUGAAAGUAAAGGCUGAGGGAUCGAAGGUUAUUGUCUCAGAGAACGGGGAAGUUUUGAAUGAUCCUGAGCUUGUGGGCAACGCCAAACGAUUCUCCAAGGUAACGAAGGAUCUCGGUUACCGCGUAAAGGGCCUGUUUCAGCAGCUCGGUCUCCGUUCCUAA